AUGGCGAUUCAGUCCAAAGCAGCCCCAAUUGGGCCGUGGGGUAAGGCUACAGCAGGCGCCACCGGCGCGGUGCUUGCCAACGCCCUGGUCUACCCGCUGGACAUAGUCAAGACAAGACUGCAAGUCCAAGAAGUACGCAAGCCUGGCGACACUCCCGACCCGACGACCUCUGUCGCACCCCACUACACUUCCACCUGGGAUGCGCUCAGCAAGAUGUUCGACGAGGAAGGCAUCGCCGGCCUAUACGCCGGGAUGAGCGGCUCGCUCCUCGGCGUCGCGUCCACCAACUUUGCCUACUUCUACUGGUACAGCACCGUGCGGACGCUGUACUUCAAGGGCGCAAAGCUCUCGACCCCGCCUUCCACCGCUGUCGAGCUGGCGCUGGGUGCCGUCGCCGGCGCGCUGGCUCAGCUGUUCACCAUCCCCGUGGCUGUGGUCACCACGCGGCAGCAGACACAGAGCAAGUCGGAGAGGAAAGGCAUGCUCGAGACCGCCAAGGAGGUCAUCGAUGGCCCGGACGGCGUGACUGGGCUGUGGAGGGGACUCAAGGCCAGUCUGGUGCUGGUGGUCAACCCAUCCAUCACGUAUGGCGCCUACGAGAGGUUAAAGCCGCUUCUGUUCCCUGGCGGCAAGCCCUUGAGCGCGUGGCAGGCCUUUGUCCUGGGAGCCUUGUCAAAAGCAUUAGCGACCGUUGCCACGCAGCCGCUCAUUGUCGCCAAGGUCGGCCUUCAGUCGAAUCCCCCACCGUCGAGGAAGGGUAAGCCGUUCAAGAGUUUCGGCGAGGUGAUGCAGUUUAUUGUCAACAAUGAGGGUCCUUUGGGAUUGUUCAAGGGCAUUGGUCCUCAGAUCCUGAAAGGGGUUCUGGUGCAGGGAAUUCUGAUGAUGACAAAAGAACGUGUCGAGAUCAUGUUCAUCCUCUUCGUUCGCUACCUGCAGAAGCUGCGGUCACAGCAACUGGCGAAGACUGCACAGCUGGUCGCUGCGAGGAAUGCUACUGCCCCGAUCACAACCAAAUAA